AUGCGCGACGUUGAAAAACAAUCUGAUAGCACAUACAUUGGGAUGCAGUCGGUGGCUGUACGCAACCAAUUCAUUCGCAAGGUCUUCACGAUCUUGGCAAUACAGUUGUUAGUGACAUUCGGGCUCGUUUUGCUUGCAUGUAAUGUCGCAUCUUUCCGUCUCUGGCUUUAUCGUAAUGCAUUCACCAUUUCCAUGUUUUCUCUCAUCGUUAUGAUCGGCAUGAUGGUAAUCAGCAUCUGCAUGCCGCAAAGUAAAAGAGAAUAAGCUUUGUAA